CAACUUCCGACCAAACUGCUGCUACUGUCCCCCCCCCCCCCCCCCCCCCCCCCCUCUAUCACAACAAUCUUAAUUUUACAAAGGAAAAAAAUGAGGAGUUGUUGUGGGUUUGGAUCUCUACAGAUUUUUGUUAUUUUCUUCUUGUCAAUUUCUCUGCAUCUUCUUUCAGGUUUAGCGAGUGACCCGGCGAAUCCUAAAGAUACAAAUAAACCUGCGAGUCAUUCAAAAAGCUCAGUGGGAAUUAAGGUGGUAAUAGCCUGUCUCAGUGUCGUGGCGAUCAUUGGAUUUACCAUGUUAUUGAUUAAGAUUUGGCAAAAGAAGAAGAGGGAAGAGCAGCAUGCCCGUCUUCUAAAGCUUUUCGAAGAUGAUGAUGAGCUUGAGGUUGAACUUGGCAUCAGGGAUUGAGAUCACUUUCUUGUUUUGGUGCUUUGACUGUAUCUAGUUGAGGUGUGCAUCGCAACUUUGAUCUCUUAUACAAUUUGUUAUCUUAUAAUUACAGGUUCGGGAAAAUUUUAGUCUGGUGGUGCAAACUUUUCCCUGUUGUGUAUUAUACUGUAGGUCAUAUAUACCGAUUAUGCUAAUAGGCAAUCUUAAAGUCCAUGGAAUUAUUUUUUCUUUUUUGCAAAUCAAACAGUUUUGAUUCAGCUAAAGUGGUUUAGCAUUUCCCCUUCCAA